AUGACAGUAUUGAAUCAUUUUCCUGCCAUUGUUCCUGUAGUCGAAGAAAAUUUUUAUGAAUAUUUCAAUCAAAUUACCGCAAAUUUUGGACACAAAAUCGCUUUGGUUGACCCAAAAACAAUGAAAUGCUUGACUUUUUCUGAAGUAACCAAAAGGUCACAAGAUAUCCUUGAUGCAUUGAUCAGGCUGGGUGUUCAACGAGGUGACUUUAUCGGCACCCUUGUCAACAAUUCUUCAGAUUACAUUGUUUUUGUACUGGCUGUUACUGGUCUUGGUGCUUCUUUGGUACCAUUAAAUCCGUCGUAUAAACCUUAUGAGAUUGACAAAUGUGUUCAUAAAGUUGCGAUCCAGUGGUUAUUGACAGAAAAUAUGUUCGUUGAAAAUAUCAAAAAAAUCAAAGCGAAUAUCCGAGCGAAGAAAAUGUUUCAGGCAUUUAUUUUCUUCUCUUCUGGAACGACUGGCCCGCCAAAAGCUAUUAGUAUUGAUCACAGAGCUUUGAUUGCAAAUAUUGAAUUGCUACGGUACACUUCAUUUUACAUCUUCACAGCUCAGGCAUGCAGCAAGUUUGGGAAAUACCAGAUGGCAAACAUUACCGAUAGAGAUGUGGCGUAUGGAGUACUGCCUUAUUUUCACGCAGGUGGUAUGCUAACCGUACUCGGUCUCUUAGGACUCGGUGUUUGUGUGAUUGUUAACGGGAGAUACGACAAUGAAGGAUUUCUUGCGACACUCAAGAAACAUAAAGUUUCAGUCUUACAAUUUCACAAUACACCAUUUUUUAUUUUUUACACGCAGGUGACCAUAGCUUUGCUUGUUCCGUCCGUUAUGAAGUCACUCGUCAGUACUCUGAGAUCAAUAUCUCAAUCAUUUUUUUUUCUGAAGUACAUAUUUGUGGGAUCAGCACAAGUGAAAAAAUCACUGAUAGAGUCAAUGAAGUAUCUCCUACCUACUACAAACAUCAUCCAGUUAUACGGUACAACCGAAGCAGGAGCAUUCGUAUUCAUGCAGCCAUUAGAUUCAGUAGGAAAAAGUGAAAGCUGUGGAAUUUUACUGCCAAAUGUAAAAUGCAAAAUUACCAACAUAUCUAACAAUGAGGAGUGCCAAGUUAUGGAAGUCGGUGAAAUAUGGCUUCAAACUGCAACAAUGAUGCGAAGAUACCUCGAGAAAUCAUCUGAAAACAACAGCAAUUUUUCGGUAAACGGAUGGUUCAGAACAGGUGAUCUGGGUUACUAUGAUUCUGAUAACUUUAUGUACAUCACAGGUCGCAUCAAGGAGAUGAUCAAAGUUCGUGGUUGGCAGGUAUCUCCCUAUGAGAUUGAGGAAGCAAUCCAAGAGCUCAAGGAAGUACAAUUUUGCGCUGUGAUUGGUGUUCCUGACGAGCUCAGUGGAGAAUUACCUAUGGCCUACAUUCAGUUGCAGGAUGGAGCAGAGCUAGACAAGAAUACUAUCCAUGAACUUGUGAAAGGUAAAUUUGCGAGUUACAAACAGCUGAAAGGUGGAAUCGAAUUUAUCUCAAAAAUGCCACUCACAACUACUAAUAAAGUGGCAAGAAAUAAACUGAGAGAUAUGAAUAUGCAGAAAAAUAGUUAUUGA